AUGCAAAGAAUUCUGACUCAUUCGCGAGGCACUUUGCCGGUCAUAAAACAUUUACGAACUUUUCAUGCACAAAGUGCAGUAAAUGCUUAUGAACAGAACACGGAUGGUUCAUCAUCCACGGUUUCAACUAGGCCACAAUUUGAGAGAGAUCUUAAAUUAACAUCAUCAAGAAAGUCUUAUGAAGAAUUAUUACUGGGAUCUGGUUUAAAAGAUAAAAGCCCAUCAGAAGCAGCCAUUGAAGAACUUGACAAAAUGAAAACAGAGGAACGCGUCGUAUUGAAUGUGGGUGGAGUGAAGCUUUUUCUGAAUGAAGCAGAAACUAAGGAGGCAAAAGAAUUCUUCUUUGAUAGAGAUUCAAAUGUUUUUAAGUAUAUUAUGCAAUUCUAUCGUUGUGGAAAAAUUACUUGGCCAACAAGUUCGUUGGAACCAUUGAUGAGUGACAUAAAACGAGAGCUUGAUUUCUUCAAAAUCCAACCCAGUAAAGGUCGAGUAAACUUACUUGAUAUGGCUGGAGCCAAAGUUGAUUGUUUUGUUGACAUGCUUUCUGAAGCUAUACUUGAAGCUCGCAUUAAUUUCAAAUCAAGGAUUGAUUUCAAGUUCUAUUCAUCGGGUCGUUUUCCAGCAGAAGUUGAACCAAAAUUAUCAGCAAUUUCUCAUUUAGUGCCUCAAUUUGAUCACGUAGGAUAUCAUAUAUUGAAUUAUCGCCGUUCACAAGUUGCCAAAACUUUAGCAAACAAUCAAAAUUUAAAUACAGGAGGUCUUAAAGUAGAAAUAAAUCAUUUUCAAUCACCCCAAGUUUACUAUAAAAUUUCUUUGAAUAAUUAUCAUAGUAUUACGAUUGAUGCAGUUAGAAAUUCUACAUUAACAUUUCCUAAAAGAGUUGACAGGAGUGUGAGUCAUGAUCACCAAGAUGAGUCUCGACUUGAAAAUGAAAAUCAAGUUGAACCUCAAGAAAGUACAGAAAAUACGAAUCAAGCAUCUUUAAAUUAG